AAGAGGCGAGUGCGGGUGGGGAUUCCGCUGCGACGCUUCGCGGUCGCCGCGACCGGAGGAGUAGGUUAAAAAAGAAAAAAAGAAAAAAAGAAAAAAAAAACGAGGGUUUCAGAGCUCCCUAUAAAACCCUCGCCGGAAUUUCUGUCCAGAAUAUUCAAAUCCGAAUCUCUAACAGUAGAAGAAGAGAAGCAGCAUCGGCGGCGGCCUUGCCCCUAGCCUUUUCGUCUCGUUCGUUUUACCUAUGUGUCGAUCUCCUUCUUUGUACCCUCAUAUCGAUCUACGGAAAGGUUUAGGAUAAAUCCCAGGUGGAAAUUUUCUUUGGACGUUUUGUAUGUAAAAUCAUAUAUUUAUACCUUAAAAUAAAGAUGAGUUUGCCCAUAAAAGUUUUUUCAAAUAACAAGGAUGCAAGAUCGAAUAUUCCAAACAAGAUGACGGCAUUAAAUCCCAAUGCAGCAGAAUUUGUUCCUUCGGCACUUAGAUCUAAAUUUGGGAUUAGCAAAAGUGCAGAUGCAACCAAGGUUGAUGUUCCUGGGCCUUCUGGAAAAGAAGUCCUAAAUCGUUCGGAGUCCAAUGUUUCUAAUAAUUCAGAUGAUGAGGCACAUCAGUUUUGGUGUCACCAGCUUCCUGAUGAUAUUACUCCUGACUUUAAGGUCAUGGGAGAAGAUGAGUUGCAGUCACCUGGACAGCUGUCACUUGCUGGUUUGUCCAUACAUGAUGGUAUUGAAUCAUCACAAUUCUCUGCAUCAACAUCUAGCUGGUUAUUGGGUACACAACAUGAUGUAUCUUCCUUUGCUAUUGAUAAUAUCAACUCGAGUGAAAAGACGGGAUCUUCUGGCUCUAGCUAUGCUGAAACUCAACCAUUAGCUUCUUUCAUGGCAUUAGAUACCAAGAACUGGAACGAAUCAUUUAUAAAUGGUGAUCAACAUUUUACCAGUGGAAGGCAUGGGCAUCACUACAAUGGGGACUACAGUACUGGCUUUCUGACAAACUCAUCUGAGGAUGCAGUUUUAGAGGAUGGUACCAUGGACCCUUUGGGUUUUUUGGCUUCACAAUUUCCUGGUUUUGCUGCUGAGAGCCUUGCAGAUGUGUACUAUGCAAAUGGUUGUGAUCUGAACUCGACCAUUGAGAUACUCACUCAACUUGAGAUGCAAGUUGAUUGUAAUUUUGGUCAGAACCUGAAUUCAAAGUCUUCACCAGCUCCGAGCCUUAGCAUGCUGGAUUUUCCAGCACUUCCCAUGGCAGAGUCAAAGUACAACGAGGAAGGGCUUCAACAAACUCCAAACUCAUAUAGAUCUCCUUCCAGUAUAACUUGCGGCACUGUGGAUUUUGCUUCAGCUGUUCGAAAAUUCAUUUCUCAGGAUUCUGGUCAUUGGAAGUAUGAAAGAAGUGGUUCUGCAGAUGGCAGUGUCGGCUCAAGUAGAGGUCCGCAACUUUUAACCAACCAAUACAAUGGUAACAGAAAAUCAGCCUUUGGGGAUAAGUUGCAUAAUGCUGGUGCAGCUCGGGCAGCUCCAGCUUGGCUUGAGACUGGGGAAGCAGUGGCAAAUAUGUAUUCAGAAUUAAGGGAAGAAGCUCGUGAUUUUGCACGCCUUCGAAAUGCAUGCUUUGAACAGGCAAGGCAGGCUUAUCUGGUUGGUAACAAGGCUCUGGCAAAGGAACUAAGUGUAAAGGGGCAGUUAUACAACAUGCAGAUGAAAGCAGCUCAUGCCAAAGCUAGGGAAAAGAUCUUUCGACAGAGAAAUCCAGUUGCUCCUCAGCUCCAGGGCCAAGCUCAAGAUUGUAUGAUCGACUUGCAUGGCCUUCAUGUGAGUGAAGCCAUUCAUAUUUUAAAGCAAGAACUGAGCAUCCUGAGGAGUACUGCAAGGUCUGCUGGGCAACAACUUCAGGUCAUGAUAUGUGUUGGGACAGGCCACCAUACCAAGGGAUCACGGACCCCAGCAAGGUUGCCGGUUGCAGUUGAACAGUACCUUAUAGAAGAAGGCCUUCACUAUACCCAGCCCCAACCAGGCCUUCUCCGGGUUGUGAUAUAUUGACAAUGUAACGUAUACAAAAGAAAAAGAAAAGAAAAGAAAAAACAGACACCAUUUUUGUAUCUAUGUAUAUGGGAGGAGGAAGAGGAUCAAAGUCUCUGGCAAGAAAAGAGCAGUGUAAUAUUAUCAGGAGUAGCAUUCAAUUCUCAUUUUGUAAAUUUUUUGGCUGAUUUCAGUGAAAUUCUCUUUUUCCAGCAA